UUCCAACGCGUCGGUUCGCGGUUUUGUGUUGGAAAAUUAUUUUGUUGUUACGUUCCCCCGCGCUGUCGCCGUUUGUUGCUUGUUUCGUUUCGGCGGAUUUUCGCGUGUUGUGCAGCAAGCGGACCAACCAUUCCAAUCAUACAUAAUUUUCGUGGAGGAAAACACACGGCAAUGUAAAUGUUUGAUUGUUUUUCAUUUAAAACGGAGCUAAACAAUCGGGCCCCCUGUUUGUGUGUGCGUGCUAGUGUGUGUGUGUGUGGAAAAGUGAAAAUGCUAUUUGGGCCAUAAUUGUAUCGAAAUUCUUAGCAACAACGAACACCAGCUCAAAUUUUGUGGCAAAAAAAAUGUAUAAAGAAAACCACGGAAAAACCCAAAGAAGAAAAAAUAACGAAAAAGGUUCAGGCAAAGAAAUGAAAAACUAAAAAUAUAAUACGAAAAUAAAAAGAAAAGAAGAAAACUGUUUCCCUCAAAACAAAUCGAUUCAGAGGAUAAAAACGCCACGUCUAUUGUUUUAUUGGAUGGUCAUGACCUCUGCAGCUGAGGAGGGGUCAGUGAUGACGCCCUUAACGUUUGUGUCCAGGUGCUAGGAUCUGCCUUUGGACAGCUGUUAGGUGGUUGCAACUGGAGCCACCUGUAUACCAAGAACCGAAAAGGAAGCACCCACAGUAUAGAGAGAAGAAAUAACCGGCGAAUAAUUAAACACACAUAUCCGAGGUAGAUCGUGGCCAGGCCGAAGAAGGUAACCUGAUGGUUGUGGCUUGCGAACAUGCCCUCAGCGAACACCGAAGACUUGCGGCGAAAGUUUCUAGUAGUGCAGCAGCAGCGCUCCGCACCGCCCAAUCUGGCCGGCGACAGCCUCCAGCCGGCGGUUCCCAAUGCCGCUACAACAACCAGCCUGAUGAUGACCACGUCCACGGGCCUGGGAGGUGGUGCGGGACUGAGCAUGGGCAUGGGCGAACCGGAGCGAACCUAUGUCUUUCCCGGUGGCAAUCCUGUAGUAGCUAGCGCUCCCGGAGGAGGACAGGGUAUUCCCGGAGUGGCUAUAGCGGCGCCGUCGCGCGGGCAUGCCCGCUCAAUUAGUCACGGGGGAGGCGCCAUCGUCGGAGCCAAUGGGCGACCCAUUAAAUCCGCCAUGAAGGGUCACCAACGAGCCUUCUCGCAGGGUCAAAUCACGGACUCACCGCCCGGCAGUGCUGCGCCCGCGGGAAGAGGUCACAGUCGCGUGGGUUCCAAAACGGAUUUUAUUCUACCGCCGGGUCACAAGGAGGAGCCUGUGAGGGAACCCUCGGCCCCAACUUCAGCAACUGGAGGUCGGGGUCAUUCCCGGCAAGCAUCGCGCUCCGAAUCCAUAUACACACUGCGGCGGACGGAGGCGCCACCGUGGUGGAAACGCUUCACCCUGUGUAACUACAAUACCAGCGAUAAGUUCGAAGAGAGGAGCUACCGGAUGGUGGUGCCCAAUCACACAGUGCCGCCAAAGACCCCCAAGAGGGAUCAUCCGAAUGGUCAGUUUGUGGGCAAUAAGAUCCGGACGACAAAGUACACGCUGCUCUCCUUCAUACCGAAGAAUUUGCUGGAGCAGUUCCAUCGAGUGGCCAAUUUGUACUUUAUCUUCAUCGUCCUGCUUAACUGGGUGCCGCAAAUAAAUGCCUUUGGCAAGGAGGUGGCCAUGAUUCCGGUGCUUUUUGUCCUGGGAGUGACGGCAGUGAAGGAUCUCUUCGAGGAUCGAAGAAGAAGGGCGUCGGACAAGAGGAUCAACAACACCACCUGCAGGGUAUACGAUGGGGAGACUGAGCGUUAUAAGAAGGUGAAAUGGCAGGACUUGCGUGUCGGGGACAUUGUCCACCUGUCCAACAACGAGACGGUGCCGGCAGACAUCCUUCUGCUCCGGACAAGCGACCCCCAAGGGGUCUGCUACAUAGACACCUGCGAUUUGGACGGGGAAACGAAUCUAAAGCGUCGCGAGGUUGUACGUGGCUUUGAGGAAAUGCAGAGCAUUUUUGUGCCCAGCAAGUUUGUGAGUCGCGUGGAGGCGGAUGCGCCGACAACGAAGCUAUAUAGAUUCCAUGGGGCCUUAAUACAUCCAACUGGUGAGCGAGUGCCGAUAUCGACCGAGUGCCUUUUGCUGAGAGAGAGCAGACUGAAGAAUACAGACUUUAUUGAAGGUAUCGUGGUCUAUGCGGGACAUGAAACAAAGUCGAUGCUGAACAAUAGUGGUCCGAGGUACAAGCGCUCCCAGGUGGAACAGCAAAUGAAUAUUGAUGUGAUAUGGUGUGUGAUAAUUUUGUUGUUACUGUGCGUUGUCGGCGCCAUCGGCUGCAGGAUGUGGCUGAGCUCGUUCACCAACUUUCCGGUGCCCUACCUUCCCUUCGAGGUGAAUGCCAACCUCGAGGGCAUGUGGACCUUCUGGACAUACAUCAUCAUUCUUCAGGUGAUGAUACCUCUGUCCCUGUACGUGACCAUCGAGCUGUGCAAGAUCCUGCAGGUCUUUCACAUCCACAACAACAUCGAUCUGUACGAUCAGGAUACCAAUAAGCAAACAGAAUGUCGGGCAAUGAACAUCACUGAGGAGUUGGGUCAGAUUCAGCAUAUUUUCUCGGAUAAAACCGGCACUCUCACCGAGAACAAGAUGAUCUUCAGGCGGUGUGUGGUCAACGGUGCGGAUUACAAUCAUCCGCCAUCGGAACUGGAGAAGAUCUACUCGAAGCCGGGGGCACCAGCUCCGCCGCUGCUGCCGAAUGAUAAUCUGAUCAAUGACAUGGCGCAGCCAAGUCAGGGAGCUUAUCUGACAUCGCCGGCGCAACGCAUCCAAGAGUUCCUGGUGGUGCUGGCCAUCUGCAAUACGGUUAUUGUUGGGGCCGCCCCCCAUCGCGAUUUGAUGAAUGCCAGUGGCAUUAUUGAGGUGCAGCAGACAGGCAAUAACAGUCCAGCAAACCUGAAGCUCGCUAAGCAGCGACAGAAGCUGCUGGCAGCCAGCACAACAACAACAACGACCACCACAACCAUACUGAAUGGUUCUGGGUCACAGCAGCCGGGAUCUAUUCCCGCAGAUCGCUACAUUCGUCUGGCAGAGUCUCGAUCGGUGACGCCCUCGCCACCGCCCAACCUGUUGUUUGCUUUGCCUGCCCAGAGCCAUCAACCGACGCUGUCGCCGAUAAGUAGUUCGGCGGAAUCGUCACCAAAUUCCGAAUCGGAGUCGCCUCCGAUGAAAAACAAGGCUCUGUCCAACAGUAUUUCGCCCACGGGAAGGGCCAAGGCGGUGAUCAACUCAAAGAUUACCAGCAUAGCCACCUUCCUGAAUGCCAAGACCCAGGGAAAGCGGCUGAAGAUGAAUUCAACCAAAACGGAGACCAUAUACAGAACCGCUGAUGGACGACCCUUGUAUGAGGCCGAGAGCCCGGAUGAGUUGGCUCUGGUGAAUGCCGCCUACAGCUACGACUGCUGCCUGCUUAAUCGCAGUGCCAAUCAAAUUCUGGUCAGCAUGCCAACGGCGGGUGCCACAGUGGAGUAUGAAAUACUCAAGGUGCUGCCCUUCGACUCUAGUCGCAAGUGCAUGUCGAUUGUGGUCCGGCGCACUGGCACCCAGGAGAUUGUGUUGUACACCAAGGGAGCUGAUAGCUCCAUCAUGCCCGUCCUGGCGCCGUGCUCGCACAAUAGUCCCGAGGGCAUCUUGCGAGAACAGACCCAGCAGCAGCUGGAUCGCUAUGCUCGUGAAGGCCUGCGCAUCCUGGUGAUGGCCAAACGCACUCUGAACUCUGCUGAUUAUACAGAUUGGUGGGCGCGACAUCAGGAGAUUGAAAUGUCACUUGAAAAUCGCGAACGUAGGCUGCGGGACUCCUUUGCCAAGCUGGAAAGCAAUCUGACUUUGCUCGGGGCCACAGGUAUUGAGGAUCGCCUGCAGGAUGGAGUGCCAGAGACGAUAGCAUCGGUGCUAGCAGCGGGAAUCUCUGUUUGGGUGUUGACGGGAGAUAAGCCCGAAACCGCCAUAAAUAUUGCCUAUUCUGCAAAGCUUUUUACUCAGCAAAUGGAGCUGAUCAAAUUGACAGCUCGAUCUCGCGACGCAGCAGAAACAGCCAUUAAUUUCUAUCUGACUGACAUGGAGAACGCCAAGACAUCCUCCUCCCUGGGCUAUGGCCAAACCUUGAGGAAAAAGCAGCGUGCCUUGGUUGUGGAUGGCAAAACACUUACCUUUAUCCUAGAUCCCAAGUCCAAACUGAUACUGCCAUUUCUGCGGCUAGCCAAGCGUUGCGCCUCGGUGCUCUGUUGUCGCUCCACACCGCUGCAGAAGGCUUACCUAGUCAAAGUGGUAAAGGAGGAGCUGAAUCUGCGUACCCUGGCCAUUGGCGAUGGCGCCAACGAUGUGUCCAUGAUCCAGAUGGCCGAUGUGGGUGUGGGCAUUUCCGGCCAAGAGGGCAUGCAGGCCGUAAUGGCCGCCGAUUUCACACUUUCCCGGUUUCGUUACCUAGAGCGAUUGCUGCUCUCGCAUGGCUAUUGGUGCUACGAUCGCUUGUCCCGCAUGAUUUUGUAUUUCUUUUACAAGAAUGCGGCCUUUGUCUUUCUGAUAUUUUGGUAUCAGCUAUAUUGCGGCUUCUCAGGGUCUGUGAUGAUGGACCAGAUGUACUUGAUGCUGUACAAUUUGAUAUUCACCUCGCUGCCGCCCUUGGCUAUUGGAGUGUACGACAAGCGAGUGCCAGAAGAUCUCCUGCUAAAGAAUCCGUAUCUUUAUAAAAAUGGUCGACUGGGCUUGGCUUAUAGACCGCACGACUUUUGGCUGAUACUGUUGGAUGCCCUCUACCAGAGCCUCGUUAUAUUCUUUGUGGCGCUGUGCGCCUAUGCGGAGAGUAAUGUGGGUAUCUGGGAGUUUGGCACCACAAUUACGGCCUCCUGUCUGUUUGCCAAUCUAGUGCAUUGUGCCAUUGAAAUACGUUCCUGGACUAUUCUGCAUGUCAUAUCCAUUGGGAUUAGCCUGGGCUCCUUCUACCUCUUCUCAAUUGUGUACAACUCAAUGUGCGUCAAUUGUUUUGGCCUGCCCUCCACCUACUGGGUGAUCUUUGUGUGCUUUGGCUCCGCUGUCCACUGGCUGGUGAUACUGCUUUCCACAGUUGUGGCUGUGCUGCCGCGACUGCUGCUCACCACAGUGCGCAUCUCGCUGGUUCCCGACGACAGCACCAAGGUCAUACUACAGAGCAAGCGGGAGCGCAGCAGAGAAUCACCGAUUAUGGGUCUAAGAAUCAGAUUAUAACAACGAUUACUUGAUCGAGCGCCAAAAUGCAAUUCCUCGGCGGCUAUCUCAGCGGCAAACCAACUCUAGGAUAAGGAAACACGACGACUAGCAACACCCAUGAACAUGAACUUGUACACAAGUGCUUUCACCCUAAAAUAAGUGGCCUUCGACACCGAUUAUCAGUAAAAAUGUUUCGUUAGUUUACUUCAUUUAGCCGCCCUGCAAAUAAUUAUAUCGUAAAUGUACUUAGUAACCAAUUGAAUUAACUGUUUAGCGAAGAUUUCCAAGUUAACUAUCCGAGUUUUAGUUGAAAAUGUGCCUAGAGAAGGGCCAGCUUGCAUAUUUAUUUGUAUAUAAGUAGAGAGUUAGCGUUAGUACCUAGAACCGUAGCGAAGCAACCUAACCAACCUAACGACUAUUGUUUAACAGAACCGAAAAUACAAUGCUAAUUAUUGAAACUAGAUACAUGUAAUGCCUAGACCUAGAUAUACACAUAUAUAUAUCACCCUAACAGAAAUACUUGACAAUUCAAAACACAACAGAACUCUGAUGGUUCGAUGAAAAGGCUGUGAUUCUACACUCAUGAAGGAUAUACCUAAGCAUAAGGAUUAUUAUUAUAUAUACACACAUACCGAAACCCAAACCUAAACCUAAACUAGAUCUGUACGUUAGUAGUUGCAUUGACUCGAGUAUUGACAUCUCCUCUCCACUCACCUUCUGUGUUUCUUAGUUUGUUGUUCGGCAAGCAAGUGAGUUUUUUACUUUUUUAUUGAGGGUAUUAAUCUAUCGUUGUAAUCCAUUAGUUGUACUAAACUAUACUAAAAUGAACCCUAAAUGCAAUUCGAAAUUAACUUGGUACGUGUUGACACAGGAAGAUGAUUGAAUACCAGAGAGCAAAAAUCGUUAGCUGAAUAUUUACAUUGUUGGAAAAAGCAAGAAAUCAUUAAAUGAAAUAAAUGUAUAUUUACCUAAAAAAAAAUA